AUGUCCAUUCAAGACCGCACUCACGAAUUCAAAUCAUGCGUAGACUCAAUACGCAGCAGGACUGCUAUUGGAAAUCGCGCUUCAGAGGCAAAGCAGCGUCUGCUCCAAGCCAAUACUAAAUCCGGGGCGAAAGGCGAGUUUUCUCGAAUGGCCUCGUCUAUUGGCAAGGAUAUCAGUGCAACUACGAUCAAACUGAACAAGCUGGGGCAAUUGGCUAAACGAAAGACACUAUUUGACGACCGGCCGGUCGAAAUCAGCGAGCUUACUUUCAUCAUAAAACAAGACAUUGCCAAUAUCAACAAGCAGAUAGCGGCACUUCAGACUUAUGUUAAACAACGACAUGGAUCCUCAACGACCCCGGAGGCCAAAAUGAUAGACGAACAUAAUAACAACAUCGUAAUGAUGCUUCAAGGCAAACUCGCAACCACGAGUAUGACAUUUAAAGACGUGCUAGAGCUUCGGACGCAGGCAUGUCUCGACGCAUGUGGAAUAUUUUCUCGAACUUACUUUUCCGCUGCCAAUCAGGCCCCUUCUCUGCUUUAUAACCCUCAGCGUAAUGAUCCUAUGGGUGAUGGAAGCUCAAAUCCAUAUGACCAAAAGGGCAAGGGCAGGGCACCACAAAAUGGAGACGUUCUAUCUCUGGAUCUCAACUCCGCUGAGGAGGGUGGAGGGAGCUCUAGAAACGGAUUCAUGCAAAUGCAACUUGUAGAGCAGCAGGACUCGUAUAUUCAACAACGAUCAACCGCGAUUGAAUCCAUUGAGACAACUAUCGCCGAGCUGGGACAGAUUUUUACACAACUGGCCAACAUGGUCGCGGAGCAACGGGAAACAGUCCAACGCAUUGACGCCGAUACACAUGAUAUCAUGUCAAAUGUGAGCGGUGCUCAGCGGGAACUUCUAAAAUACUACGCAAGUAUCUCAAGCAAUCGCUGGUUGAUGCUCAAGAUAUUUGGCGUUCUCAUCGUGUUUUUCCUUGUCUUCAUUCUCGUAUCAUGA